AUGAUAGGGGUUCCAAGUAUCAUGUCCUUUGCGGAUGAUACCGUCAAGGUGGUGAGGAGUGAAUAUGAUCACGAUUACGCUCGGUCAUACGUCCCUACCCCGGAAGUGAAGGAAGAAUUAAAGAAAAUUUCCGGAAAACUCGGGGAUUGUUUGUAUGAUGACUACAGAAGAGAGAUAGAUACUCUCAAGCCAAAUGUACAUAUUGAUAAUGAAAUAGCAAUAUUGAUGGCAGCCGAGGAAGAUGUAAAACAGUCCAGACGAAAUCUCAGAAGGAGAGCACGGAAUAUUUGUCCAUCGAGUGGACCCACUAAGGAAGAAGAAUAUGAACUGAAAUAUUUGAACAAACAAUCUCUUCGAAAGAUGUAUGAACUAGAAGAUUUUAAGCGAGAUUUUAAGACAAAGCCCUUCGUUGCAACCGAAAUGGUGGAUUUGAGUUUUGAAAGAAUUGAAGACAAUAUCCGAAAGAGACAACAGGCUCUCCAGAAUCUUCGAAGAGAAAUCUAUGAGGCAUCUGUACUCCAAUUGGCAGGGUAUUAUGCGAAGGCCAAAGAGCUAAAGGAAACUUACACAGAGGCUUCAGUGGUUAAUUUAUCCAAUGCUACUAAACCAGAUCAGACAUCAAAGACAAAUGUUGAAAAGUCCAAACAUCGACCAAAGUCUGAUGAGAGAAAGUUUGAGCGCAUACCUGGAACUGCUGAAAAAAUUUCAAAAGCUUUGCCCAAGAAUGCAGUAGAAAAGUCCACACAUGACACUAAGAAAAAGACUAAAAUGGAGAAACCCAAGAAAAUUUCUAGAGGCAGCAGUGAAAGUGACACGGAUGGAGAUGAUUCCUACACCAAUGUAAUGGAAACAUACCAGGCUGAGAGAUUGAGAUUUGAAAAGAAUUUGGAAAUCUUCUCUGCACGUCUGGAAGAAUUUAUGGACUCUCAUCGAAAGAUACACAAGGAGGAGGAAGUCUCUAUCAAACCAAAGAAAAGACAACAAAAUGAUGUCAAAAUAUUCAAAGCAGUCCAGGCCAAUGUCAAGAUGGUCAACAACAAUGUCAAAGCAGUCAAGGCCGAUGUCAAAAUGAUCGACAACAAUGUCAAAUCACUCAAAACUGAUGUCGAAGCUCUCAAAUCCGAUGUCAAUACUCUCAAAAGCGAUGUGAAUGCACUCAAAAGCAAUGUCAAAACUGUUAAAGCAGAUAUCCAAACCGCCAAGGCAAAAGUCAAAACUGUCAAAGUGGUCAAAUCUGAUGUCAAACUCGUCAACGAUGAUGUCAGACCUGAUGUCAAAACAACAAAAUCAGAUGGUAAAAUCGUCCUCCAGGAAAAAACGAAGGUUGCUCAACGUGACAGAAAACAGAGAAGAUCUAGUGAGAAGAAUGAUGUGACUACUGUCUCCCAACAUGAUUGUCAGGAGAAAAUUCAACCUCAGGCAGUCCAGGAAGAAAGAAGGAGGAAGAAGAAAGUCUUUCGUCUUCCCAGGGAGGACAUUCAAGCUUACGUGGAUUCCUGUGAUCAUGAAAGGGCAGAAAAACGAAGACCAAAGAAAAGGAAAGAGACAAGUGUAAGCAGCAUUUCUGAGCAGCCAGUGUGUGAAGAAGAAAGUGAUGGAGAGAUUUCCAAGGAAUUAGUGAUUCUGCCAUUACCCACACUCGACCCCAUGCCUGUGUAUAUUGACAAUUUCCAAGCAAGUUGUGUACUGACCCAGCUAUUUUCUAGCAGAGAUGACUAUGAUGAGAACUUUGAAGCAGACUAUGUGAUUCCUCCCUAUGAGAGCGAGAGAAGGAUCUAUACUAAACAAAAGAAAGUGUACUGUCACCAAAAUAAACAACACACUGGACAGGGGAGGAAAAUCGUACAUGUAGCACCACAGCGCCGCUAA